CGAUACAGUGCUCAUUAACCUUCAAUUCACCUAUAUAUAUCUCGAUCGAGUGCUUGGGGUCACAUACAUGUCAGAGUCCGAAUAAAAUAUUAGAUCACAGCUCUCGUAAUGCAUUCGUGGAGAUUCCCUCUACCAUCUCUCGCAAUAUAAAAAGCAGCAUCGUCCUCUUCCUCCUUGUCCUCUCGUCCUUGUUGAUCCUCCAUGGCCUCAAGCUCAAACCCAGGCGCCACGGGGACUGACGCCCCCUCCAUUUCCAUCACCGUGGAGAGGAACCCUCCUCAGUCACGCCUGCUGGAACUUGGCAUCAAGUCAUGGCCCAAGUGGGGUUGCCCUCCGGGGAGGUUCCCUCUAAAGUUUGAUGCAGAAGAGAUGUGCUAUUUGGUGAAGGGGAAGGUGACGGCUUACAUCAAGGGUUCCUCCGAGUCCGUGGAGUUCGGCGCUGGUGACCUUGUGAUCUUCCCCAAGGGACUUAGUUGCACCUGGGAUGUCUCAGCACCGGUCGAUAAGUACUACAAGUUUGCUUCGUCCUCCUCUUAACGCUCCUCCCGUUUGGUCCACCUUAGUGCUUUUCUUGUCCUUCUGAGACAUCAUUGUAGCUUCCUCUUCUGAUGAUCUAUAGGUUUAUAACUGAUAUAUUGGCGCUUAUGAAGCGCUUAGGGUUGCGAUUCCAGUCAAACACCUGUUAUCAGUCAAUGCAGGUCGCGUUCCAAGAAAUCUUAUUUAUUCCCAUGACUGGGCCUUAAAUGCUCUUUUGACAACCACCACAGCCCUCUCAGCCUUCUGUGCCAUGCAAUCUAUUAUAUGAAUGAUGGUUUAUUUUCUCUUGCGUUCA